AAAACUCAAAUGGCUCCAUAACCUUGUUGCCUUUCUCUACUCUUUCGUUCCCAAUUUCAAAUCAGGAACAAAUUAGCCAUAGCAAGAACAGAGGCAAAAGGCCCAAUUACUUGAUCGAUUCUCAUCAUUCCCGAUUUCAGGAACAAGUUAGCUAUCGAUUUCCGAGCUCAAAAGGCCACAAACGCUCUCACUACAAGCAGCAACGAUGUGGCGAUUGAUUUCACUAACACUAGCAGCAGCUAUAUUAGUGACGUCGGCAACGGCGGCGCUAAUGGCAAGACCAGAAGAUCUUAAUCAGUCAACGGGAGUGGGAACGCAUGGGAUUCUCUGGCCUGACACAGCGGAUGAGGCAGAUGAGGGAGACCUUAUUCCUGGGACCGAGGACGAGCUCCAUGGCGGCUUUUCUUCCUUAGAGGGGAUGUUGCAGUGGGCAAUAGGGCAUUCUGAUCCAGCAAAAUUGAAGGAAACAGCAAAAGAGGUUCGAAAGUUGUCUCCUGAGGAGCUAAAGGGCCGUCAGAUAGAAUUACAGGAAUUUAUGGAGAAACAUAAAUUGCCAUCAGAUGCAAAGUUAAUGCAGAUUGCAAUAGAUGACUUGAAAAAUUCAUCCAUGUCUUUGGAGGAUAGAUUCCGUGCUCUCUAUGAGCUGUUGGAGCUUGUUGAGCCAAUAGAUAAUGCAAAUGACCUGCACAAACUCGGAGGCCUUACUGUGGUUAUUGGAGAACUUUAUCAUUCAGCGACAGAAGUAAGGGCUCUUGCAGCAGAGGUUAUUGGCAAGGCCAGUCAAAAUAACCCAAGAGUGCAGAAACAGGUGCUUGAACUUGGAGCUAUGGCGAUCCUUGUGAAGAUGGCAAAGUCAUGUUCUGUUGAGGAAGUUACAAAAGCACUCUAUGCUAUUUCAGCCUUAGUUAGAAAUAACUUAGAUGGCCAAGAGCUAUUUUAUCAGGAAGCUGGUUAUUCUAUGCUUCAGGAUAUUCUAAACAAUUCAACUUUAGACAUAAGGUUACACAGGAAAUCAGUAUCUCUUAUUGCUGACUUGGCUGAAUGCCAACUAGGAAGUGAAAAUAGAGAGGAGCUGCCUAUUUUCAGCAACCGUUUCUUCUUGAAGUCUGUGGUUGAUCUAGUAAUGUCAAGUGACCUUGAUCUCCAGGAGAAGGCCCUUUAUGCAAUAAGAAACUUGUUGCUGCUAAGAUCGACUGAAGGUCUGGUUUUCAAGGACUUCUGCAAAUUGGAUCUGUUACUUGAGAGGAUGAGACAGCAGUUGCAGCAACUUAUGGUAGAUGAAAAUCACAGAGAGUAUGCAAUGGACGUGGAAAGUCUUCGGCAAGAAGUGCAGCAGACCUUUAUUCAGAAACUGGAUAAGCAGGCUACUAAAGUUCCCACAUGAUUUGGUGAUUCGAUUUUCAACGAUCAGCUUUUGGACUCUUUGACUCGAGAUGUGUACGCCUUGGGCUAUUAUUCUGUGUAUAUUAGGUAGUAAUUCACCUAUAGUUUUUCAUUGAGCCUUAGGUUUGAAUUUAGUGUUAGAAAGUAUAGUUUCAAGUGCGACGAGGGCAGCCUUGGCACAAUAGAGAAGAUUAUUUAUCAAUGCAAAAGAUUUUUUGAUAGAACAGUAUUGGCACGAAAAAGAAGAUUGUUUGUUAAUGCAAAGGAUUUUUGAGCCUACUCAUAGGGUUUUUCACUUCUCUACCAGCCAACAGCAGUGUUAACUAUUAUGUCACCAGUCAAACCGGCCUGUUUCGUGAUACAAUUUGGCUUCUAUUCUUCUAUGCUGUAAACAAGUUUUGGUUAUGUUGAAUUUUAGAUAUUAGACUUAGAUUUAGCCCGUUA